GUUUCUGUCAAUACCCAAGUUAACAUAGGAACUAAUUUAUAAAUUGCCGCCGAUUUUUAAGUACCUAUCAAAAAUUAAUUUUAAAAGUCGGAAUAGGCCGGCGUAUUCGCUAUUUGACGGCUGCCCAUGGUAACGCCCGUUUCAGACGUGUUUGGGAACCCUGCAUUUUGUUAUCAGCUAGUAGAACAUGUGUAUAAUAACAAGAUGUUGAUGUAGCAUGACAAUAUGUACAUACAUCAUCUAGUUAGGUAUGUAAAUUGAAAAUAGAAAUAAAAACGCAGAAUUUAAUAACACAACACAGACACAAUGCAAUUAAUUAUUACUACCUACUACCUAUUUGAUGUAUUAUAUUAUUUUAUCGUAUGAAGUGUUCAACAGUCGGUGUAGUGGCAGAAGUAAUUGGUAACCAGUGUGUAAUAAUUAAUAUACUAAUGUCGGGUCAAUUACUGUGUACCUACCAAAAAUAUUAUUUUACGAGCUACCGGUUGAAAUGUGUCGACAUAAAUUGUUAUUGCAUGUAAACAUAAGCAAUACAAACUGAAAUAGUAUACAAAGUAUAGAAGCAUGCAUAAUAAAGAAUACAAAUUAUAGAAUCCGGAAGGCACACCUACGUUAAUAAGAUGGGCUUUCGUUAAAUUAGCAGUGUAGGAUGGAUGGCGGAACACCAAACAUCUUCAUCAUCAGUACUUGUAUUAUAGCUACAUAUUAGUAGGUACCACUCAGUUUAACGGAAAAAUAACCGACUAGAAAAUGUCAGCUGAAUUCAAUAAUCUGAUGGUUAGUGAUAACGCUAAUAGAUUGGAAGUAGCUGAACUAUCAGAAUUUAUUGAAAAUCGGCUAUAUUUCAUGGUAUUAUCUAAUCAUAAGGGUCCCACAACGCUUCAGAAUUUUAAGGAUUGGAAAAAUUCAUUAAAAGAUAAUGAUGUAUUUUAUUUAAAUGUUGAUGACCAUUUGGUGUAUGACGGUUUUUAUAGCGACUUUGGUCCUUUAAAUUUAGCAAUGAUAUAUCGUUAUAUUGGUAUAGUACGGGACAAAUUUAAAGUAUAUAAGAGAGUUAUUCACUGUGCUCAUAUUGGUGAUCAAAAGAAAAGGUCAAAUGCAGCUUUUCUUAUUUGUGCAUAUUUGAUAAUUGAAAAUAAUUGGACAGCACACCAAACAUAUAAUAUACUAUCAAAACAAUAUCAACAUAAAUAUAUACCAUUUAGAGACGCAUCAUGUUUGUUGCAAUCAGACUAUUCAGUGUCAGUUGAAGAAUGUGUUAAUGCCUUAUACAAAGCAAAAUGGUAUGGAUUUUUUGAUAUGAGUGACUUUGAUUUGGAUGAAUAUGAAAAAUAUGAGACUGUGAAGUAUGGUGAUAUUAAUUGGAUUGUACCUGCUACCUUAUUGGCAUUUUCAUCACCACAUUCUCGAGAUUAUAUUGACAAAUCUGGCUAUCAGAUACAUUCUCCAGCUUACUAUUACCCCUAUUUCAAAGAAAACAAUGUCAAGCAUGUAGUUAGAUUAAACAGUAAAAAGACUUAUGAUGCUAAACGUACCUUUGUAACAGUAGCUAAUAUUCAACACACGGAUUUGAUUUUUACCGAUGGUACACCACCUUCAGAUGCUAUUCUUAAAUAUUUUUUGCGUCUUUGUGAGCAAUAUAUUGAUGAUAAUUGUGAAGUUGAAUGUACAAAUAAUGAAAAAAGUGAACUAAAUGAAAUCACUCCAAAUAUAAUUAUAAAUAGUGAAGCUAAUGUGGCUAAAUAUUCAGGUGCUGUGGCUGUACACUGUAAAGCUGGAUUGGGAAGAACUGGUUGUUUAGUGGCUUCAUAUAUUGUGAAGCAUUGGUCAUUUACGGCAGUAGAAGCUAUAGCAUGGACUCGUAUAUGUCGACCUGGUUCAGUAAUUGGUGUGCAGCAACAAUGGCUAAUUAAUAAAGAAGAUUAUUUAAUAACUCUUGGUAAACAAUGGCGAGAAAACCAAAAAAAUGCUGGUAAUAAAUAUAAACGGUUUACAAAUGGGGUGUACAGUGUUAAACGGCAUACCUCCAGUGCUAAGGCAUAUGAGUAUGUAGAUCCACCACCUAAUUUAUACAUCAGUAAUGAGGAACAAUUCACCAGCAGUUGUAGUGGAGAUAGUGAAAUAGAAUAUGAAGAAUCUGAAGAGUACAACCAAAACAGACUGUCAUCUGUCUUAAAAAAUAAAUUAAAGACAAACAGUCAUGUCCUUCCUAAUAUCCAAAGUGAUGUCUAUGUACCAAACUUAAGACAAAAGAGAUCAGCCUCAAAAACAGAGGACCCUAAGCCUAAGAGUACAUUUUCAGCAUUAAAAAAUAUUCGUCGAGUUACAAAUGCAUCUAUUGGAAUAAGUAUGAAUAAUCUGGUGAAAAAAAAUAAUACUGCUCCAACUACAAUUAGUAUCACAAAAAGUAAUUUAAAGGCUUCUAUAAUCGGAAAAAAAAAUACAAAACCAAUAACUGUAUGUAAAGCUAGCACCAAAACAACAAAUACAUCAGAAACAGCAAUAACGGACGAAACCAAACCAUCUUAUGCAUUAGCUACUGUGGCAUCAUCUGCUCGUGUAUCAAGGCGUCUUCGUAAUCAAAACUGCAUUACUAAAUAAAAUAGUGAAUACAUUCAUAACACUGAGUUAAUUACUCACAAUUAAUGAAGAAUGAAUAUUCUUUUUGGAUAGAAGCAUCUCAUACAUUAGAGAUUUAGUUAUUUAGAACAACUAAAAUGAUUGGUUAGAUUUUUAAUGGUCUUAGUCUUGAAUGUGUAGAAAAGAUUCAUUUUGAGUUCGGUAUUAAUUUAUAGUGGUUGGCGCUUAUUCAAAUCAGGCAUAAACGUAUAUCUUGAUAGUAUUAUUUUAGUGCUUAAAACUGGACAUGUCUACAAUAAGAGACUGGAAUUUUGUUUGUAUUUUUUUAUUGACUGAUAGGAAUUCGUGAAAAAAACCUAGAGAUGACAAAAUUAAAAAAAAUGUAUUUAUUUGUUUAUUUUUGUACAGUGAUUAUUAAAAGUACUUGCAAAUGCAUAAUUUUAAGGGGUAAUAUACAUCUAAUUUUCAUUUUUAUUAGCACAGUUAAAAAUGUUUCUUGAAUACAUUUACGUAAGUAAAGAUAUCAUGUGGUAUCAAUUAUUAAAAAUAUAUUGCAGAAAAUUGAGAUAUUGUAAUAAGUCAACGUACAAUCACAGAUAAUGUUCUUAAGUUUAAGUUUGAUAAUACUGUGUACAAUUUUUGGUCAGUUUGCUUUAAUAUAAAAGCUAACAAUACUAAAUUGGUUCUGCUGAAUUAAAAUUUGCACUGUUGCAAGUCUAUAUAAGAGCAAGAAAAGUUAAAACAAAUAGUUUGCUGACAUCCUCUUAAAUAAGAAUUUGACUGAACUUUUUGUUUAUUUCUUGCCCAAUUGAUGUAUGUUACUCAUGUAAAUUUGGGGUCAUUCAUCUAAAUUAAUUAUGCCCGUAUGUGUACCCUUCCCAAAGAUGACCCACAUCAUACAAAAUAUGCCUGUACAUUUUCAUGUCCAUGUAAUUUAAACAUAUAUAUAAUAUAUUCUAAAUAAAUGUAUCAAAUCAACCAUAGAUAUACUCCUGACAAACAACAUAUUACAUAGGUUAUUCUUCUGAUUGGAUUUUAAAAAUGAAAUUUCAUUUUAAUUUAUAAAUAAACUAUUUUUGUAUCAAUUAAGCACCAAUCAUUAUAUUUUUUAAAUCGAACCCUAGGAAGUACAAGUACCUAUGUUUAUCAGGUGUUAAAUGAUUUUGAUGAAAAAUUGAUUGGGUUUGCAGGGGCUUUAAUAAGAAACUGUGCCUGAAAUUAAUGUUUGGUGAUAAAUUAUGAUAUUCUUUAAUGUUAGAAUUAUAGGACAAUUUAUGUGGAUCAUGUCAAUUUAUCAAUAUAUAAUAUACAUAAUUGGUUAAAAUACACUUUUUACUUUUACAAUAUCAGAGUUUAACCAUACAAGUUUAUAUAACUUAAGUACUCCUAAAUCACAAGAUUUUCUUUAUGGUCAAAUAGUGUUUUCAUAUUCAUUUUCACUCAAUGAAUAGUGCCAUUAAUCAAACAUUUACUUUGAAUUUAAUAUUUAAUUAGGUUUUUUCUAGUUUAUUAUGAGCUAAUAAUGUUUUUUUGAUUUUAGAUUCUGAGUGAAAUGUGUAGUCUUGUAAUACAUUUUAGGUAAUAUAAACAACUGCUCAAAUUAAAUUUUUCACGCUAUCAUUAAAAUGUAGCUUUGAAAUAAAAAUAAUAAUAAUCAUUUGCAUAGAUGUAGCUGUCCAGUGUCUGCUAAUAUUUCAUUUUGAUUAUUUUCUGAUUACCAAUUAAUUACAUAUAUUUGUAAUCUAUUGCCAAAAACUCAAGAAAUACUUUUAUAUCUAUAUGUAUAGUAAUAAAUAUGUGUAUUGUGAUAUUAAUUUCAUUUUUAUUUUGAUUAAUAUAAAAUAAUACAUUUAUUAGUCCUAUUUUUAAAUUUAAUUAAUACAAUAAUACUCGUGUUACAUGUACUUAUUCUUAUUACUAUGAUUUGAUAUAAAUAAUAACAAUAAUAAUCCGGAUGAAAAUUUGUUUUUAACUUUCUUCAAAUGUAUUAAACAGUUUAUGUUAUUGUAGGUGUUUAGUGUUUAACCAACCCAACACAUUACUAUUAAGUGAUUGUCACUGUAGAUAUUUAAUAAUAAUACAAUUUUUAAAUUGUAUGUUGUUCUUUAAAUUAUUUUAUACCUAAAGAUUUAAUUUGUAGACCUUAUAUAAUAUAUUACUAUUAACUAAGUUAGGUAUUAGAUAUUAUAUUAUACAAUUUAUGUAUGCGAUCCUAGUACCAUAGGUAUGUAAGAUAUGUACUUGACUUAGUUUAAAAUUAUGGUUGGUUAUAAAUUAAUUUUGUUUUAAUAGUAUACCUAAUAGUACAUUGAUACACAUUUAUUAUUUAUAUAAAAAUCAUAAUAUUGUGAUUGUUGAGAUGUAUACAAAUUAUAUUAUGACUGUAACUUCUUACCUAGUUGAUCAGAUGUUAAAGUAAAUUUUAAUUGUGUUUGUUAUAUUAAAAUUUAGUGUAUUUGGUUAAAUAAUAUUGUUUGAUAAAAUCAAGAUACAAUUGAUAUGCAAACAUUAUCAUAUAAAAUCAUAAUAGUUGUGGUAUAAUGUCAUAAUUAAAGUUAGUUAGGACGUGAAUGAAUUUUGUCUAUUCAUUUCACAUAGGUCAUAGGAAUAUAAUCAAUUAUUGUUUUUUUUUUACAUUUUAUGUAUAUGAGCAAUAAUGUAGUGUAUUUACAUAUUUUUAUGUAAUCACUAUCUAAAAUACUUCUUAAAAAUGAAAAAUGUUUUGACUCUAACCAUACUAAUAUUAUGUUGAAGUUAUUGAUGAAUAAUAGAUAACAAUAAGUUGUACAA